UCCGCCUUCCCCAGGAAGAUACGUUAAAAGCACAAUGGAUGGCCGGUCGCAGAGAUGGUUUCCCCUGGCCACGCUGAGCCACGGCGGGCAGAGGUAUCUGUGCCACGGCCGAGGAGGCGACAGCAGUGCCAGCCCCCUGUCUGUACAAGUGACAGACGGUGUGGAGGUCUGGGGAGCAGAUGUCACGGAAGAGACCCUGGAAGAGUGGAGCAAUAGCCCCCCAUCUGUGCAAAACGGCGCUGAGAAGCUUAGAGAGACCUUCCGGCGCAGCUCGCCGUUCCUGGACAUACAGGGCAGCUCGGCCAGCCUGCUCUUCCCUAAGGAUUCGGCCAACGUGACUCUCUGCCUGUUCAAGCUGCCGGUCUCGGAGGCCCGGGGGCACGUGCGCUCUCUCGUCUUUGACUUAUCGGAUCGGGUGUGGGAACUGGAAAAGCUUCAGAAAGAGGGCAGUGCCCCCACAUCAGCCAGCCCAGUGAAAGCCUCCCAGGUUCCUCAGUCCCUUCUCUUUCCAGAUCUGGAUUCUCGGAAGAAAGGCUACGGGGCGUCGGCGUCGCAGCUCAAGAAGAGACUCCCGGGAGAGUCUCUGAUUAACCCCGGCUCCAAAAGCAAAAAGGCAGCGAGGGGAGUGGAUUUUGAAGAAGUUUAAGAGGAUUAAAUGAAGCAGCCAGCUUUGCCCGGGGUAGUCUUAGCCCUGAUCCGACGCUCAGUUGAAGACUGGAAAGACAUUGCGGCUAUACAGGGUACACAAUACAGCUACAUUUAUAUUCCAGCUAUUGAAACACUCACAGACUGCUGUACAAAUAUACUGUAUUAUCUAUA